UCCGGUGACUCUUCCGUUACCGGCCAGCUGACGGAAGUGGCUCGGGGUUGUUGACGCGAGGUGUUUCUGGGAAAGUUUGGCUGGGACGCCAUUUUGUCAGAGAGGCAGCAGAGUUGGAGCUCAGCCGCAGCACAGCAGCACGCGCUUCAGGUGCGACGUAAUGGCGAGUCCGGGGAAAGACAACUACAGGAUGAAGAGCUAUAAGAACAAAGCGCUGAAUCCUCAGGAGAUGCGCAGGAGGAGAGAGGAGGAAGGAAUCCAGCUCCGAAAACAGAAGAGAGAGGAGCAGCUAUUCAAGAGGAGAAAUGUACAUGUUCCUUUAAGUGAUGAAUCAAUGCUGGAGUAUCCCAUCCAGGAUCCAGAUAUCAGCUCCACAGUACCUGUGGCAGGUGAUGGGGUCAUAACUCAAGAUAUGAUACAGAUGAUCUUCUCUGAAGACCCAGACCAGCAGCUAAUUGCUACACAGAAAUUUAGGAAAUUACUCUCCAAAGAGCCAAACCCGCCCAUAGAUGAGGUCAUUUCCACUCCUGGUGUUGUGAACCGUUUUGUGGAGUUCCUGAAGAGGAGUGAAAACUGCACACUGCAGUUUGAGGCAGCCUGGGCUCUAACCAACAUCGCCUCAGGUACCUUCCUGCACACCAAGGUAGUGAUAGAAACAGGAGCUGUUCCCAUUUUCAUUGAGCUGCUGAACUCUGAGUACGAGGACGUCCAGGAACAGGCGGUGUGGGCGCUGGGGAACAUAGCAGGAGAUAAUGCUGAGUGCAGAGACUAUGUGCUCAACUGUGGAAUCCUGCCGUCUCUACAACAGCUACUUGCUAAAUCCAACCGUCUGACUACAACCCGCAAUGCAGUGUGGGCUCUGUCCAACCUCUGCCGAGGGAAGAACCCACCACCAGAUUUUGCCAAGGUGUCUCCUUGUCUCAGCGUGCUGUCCAGGCUUCUGUUUAGUAGUGAUCCAGAUGUGCUGGCUGAUGCUUGCUGGGCUCUGUCCUAUCUAUCUGAUGGCCCCAACGAAAAGAUCCAGACGGUCAUCGACUCCGGGGUCUGCCGCAGACUAGUGGAGCUGCUCAUGCACAGUGACUAUAAGGUUGUUUCUCCUGCUUUACGUGCCGUGGGCAACAUUGUAACAGGAGAUGACAUCCAGACUCAGGUAAUCUUGAACUGUGCAGCACUACCAUGUUUACUCCACCUCCUCAGCAGUCCCAAAGAGUCCAUCAAAAAGGAGGCGUGCUGGACAGUGUCCAACAUCACAGCAGGAAACCGAGCUCAGAUUCAGAAUGUGAUCGAUGCCAACAUCUUCCCAGUACUUAUUGAGAUCCUUCAGAAGGCUGAGUUCCGUACGAGGAAGGAGGCAGCGUGGGCUAUCACUAACGCCACCUCAGGGGGCACUCCUGCACAGAUAAGGUAUCUGGUGUCUCUGAAUGCCAUCAAACCCAUGUGUGACCUGCUGACGGUGAUGGACUCAAAAAUCGUGCAGGUGUCGCUGAACGGUUUGGAGAACAUCCUCAGACUGGGAGAACAGGAGGCCAAAAAAAAUGGAACAGGAAUCAACCCAUACUGUGCUCUCAUUGAGGAGGCUUACGGCCUGGACAAGAUUGAGUUCCUGCAGAGCCACGAGAACCAAGAGAUCUACCAGAAGGCCUUUGACCUGAUAGAACACUACUUCGGCGUGGAGGAGGAGGAUGCCAGCCUGGCUCCACAGGUGGAUCAGAGUCAGGGUCAGUUCAUCUUCCAGCAACAGGAAGGACCGAUGGAGGGUUUCCAGCUUUAACCCCGCCUCAGCCCCACAGCCCCUACUUCCUGGUCUCUGAAACCUCUGCCAGAGACAGCAGCUAACUGGCCUGCUAACUAUCCUGGGACCUCACUUCAUGUCUGGUGGGCCAGAUCCAUCAGCUCCUCCCCAGACCUUCACUUCUACUAUGUCCUCAUAACAACACCUACUCUGGAAAGACAGAGAGAGAUUUGUGAAAAUGUAAUGAAAAGUCAGAGCACAUGAAUGCUCACUGAUGCUGUGUGGGAGUCUGAACGGAGGGAGGGCUCACCCCACUGAUGACAUGUCUAUGCCAUGGAAAGCCAACUAAUGUUGAAAAAAGAAUUGAAAGUCUUGUUUGUUUUUCUUUAGUGAGACAUGAUGUAUGCUACUUCUUUGACUUUCUUUCAUAUUAUUUUCAUCAUUUGAAAUGAUGUUCAUGAUCUUUGUGUUACAAUUAGAAACUGGUUUCAAAUCAGCAUCCACAUCCCUUUUACAAUGUGAACUACCUCUUCAGUCUUCAGAGAGAAACUGAAAGAAAGGAAGGAAAGAAAGAAAAGCCCUCACUGAACAGAUGAAGCAUCAGGCUGAUGUAUUUCUAUGAUUAUGGCUAGAAUCCAGUCUUGAAUAAAAUCCUUGCUGUUCAGACUCUGUAUGCAGGUAGUGGAUGUAAAUACAGUGCUACUUGUACGUCCUGGUGUUUCCAUACUUUAUCUGAAGCAGCUGCAUGUGCUCUCUCCUCUCCCGUCAAUGAAAAGGACUCGACGAGCACCUUUUAUUUAUUUGUCUUUUGAGAACUGUGGAGGAGCUCCACUUUCUCGUCUCCAUCCUCAGCUCUGACUGAAGGCAACUGCUUCCUGAUUACACAACCGGCCCGACUGGCCUCAGUUAGUUUGAAAUCUGUAACAGUGUUGGCUAUUUACUAGUGUUUUUGCUGCUUGUUUUAAAAGUUCUUUUUUUUUUAGAAAGCAGUAUCAGGGCAAGACAGGUGCUGUCUAUGUUACAUGAUGCAGUUUGUGCAACAAUCUUGCUAGUUAAAGAGAUUUUUGUUCUGUUUUCUAGUUUGUCACUCUGAACUAGCAACUUAAUAUAUCUUAAAUUAUUUUUUCUGCCUGCAAUAAUUUCCGUGAUGUGACAGGACUGACUCUGGGGUUUGUAUAUUAUAUAUACAUGUAAGAACGUGUAAAGAAAGUAUUUAAGUAGCUCUUGGGAAGGUUUGAUAUGCAAUUAUGUUUUGGGACUGAUAUGCAGUUGUAGUGUUUCCAGUCCAUCACUGCUUUUCCUUUAUGCACCGUCACAUUUCUGUUUGGUUUUCAGGAGGUUUGUGUCCUCUGCCGUUUGAUUUAGAGUUUUUAAUUUACUGUCUUUUCUGCUUUUGUGGUUGAAGUCUUACAAUGGAAGCACAGUGUUUACUUCUGGCUCCACCCCAUAACCAUUAUUUGACAGUUUCUCAAUACCUGCACAUUUGAGUACAGUAAUUAGUGGAGAAACGAACAUGGAAACAAUCUAUAUUUACAUGAGACGGAUUUGUAAUGCAGAAAAUACAUCAAGCACAUUGAAUCGUGUAUAGUUUUCUAAUCUUUCUGGUUUGUAUGAUUGUAUAUCAUUUUUUAGGUUUUGGUAGUGUUUUUGUUUUCUCCAGUUUGGGAAUUCAUUUGCUGUGUUCUUGUGGCUCUCAGUAGAAUUGUUAUGUUGGAAGUCCAGCAGCCCGUGUACACGAGUGAAUCACUGUAUGCAGCCACAGUCACUGACAGUGAAGCUGGGCCGGGCUGUCUGUGAUCAUGUCUGGCUCUUCUUUGUGGGGAUGCACACUUGUAUUGUGAAACAAGAAUUAAUAAAUUGAUCUGUUGGAUACAAA